AGUAUAGCCGCGAAGAUUUCUCAAAGUAGUACAUUUUGUUUUGGUUGUUGAUCGUAAUUUGGGAAGAGAAAACCAAAAAGGUCAUCUUUUGUCAACGCUUUCACCUAUAUUCAAUAAGAACAUGAAGUCCUUAAAGUGUUGACGAUGAGUUACACAACUUUUGCAUCAAAGGAAACUCCCAGAGCCGGAGGCAAUGUCUUUUCUUCUGUACCUAACUGAGCGCAGGCCGCCUUUUGAAAAACAGAUACGAACAAAGUUGUCGGACACAACUCAAUCAAUAUUGAUUGCGCCAGCGAUGAGCACAGACAGUUAGAAGGGCCAUCUUUUUUGUUUACGCGAGGAAUCACUUCAAUCUUGCCGAAGUGUCACUGAGAUCAUUUUUCACCGAUUCAUCGACGGCGCGCGUGACAACCGUUUUCGCACUGUUCAUGGUUUGUUCUUCUGGUAGAAGACAUCGUAAUCGUUUGAAGUGUCCACCAUAAGUUUUACUGGAUUACCUUUCAUGAAGGGGAACUUUCUUUCUCUCAAGGGACUUAUUGAUUCUGUUGGUCCGUUAGAAAUCAUUUUCUUGAACUUUAAAGCAGGAUUUCUUUGACUUUGUUCUCUGUCCAGUACAGAGUUAUUAGGUCUGCUAAUCUCAGUGGAGGAUGACGAUUAAUACGGUUCACUGAAACUCAGUACACGCAAAGGUUGCCGAACUAGAGCAGUUCUUGUCGAUCCUGUCUGAUGUCCUCAAAAUUCAAUCUGUUAUAGCUGAAUAGCAUGUGACCUGCUUCUAACAUGGAAUCAUUUUAAAAUCAUUGAUCAUUUUAAUCUGAUAGGAAAGGAUUAAUCACCCCAAUUCAUUUAAUCAUUGGAAAAGGAUUUUGCUCGACUCAAUGGCCAUGCCGUCUCCAGGUGUUCCGGCGUAACUAUGUCUGCCGAUUGACCUUAAAACCACAAAAUAUGGAUUUUUUUUCUUUGCAUAUUCACAGGACAGAAAAAAAUUGCCUUAACGUGAAUUAAAAGGUCUCUCUAUGAGGGUGCAGGCUUUGUAAGAAGAAUUUUAUAAAAAUAUUAAGGUCUAAAACUUUUUUGAUGUCUUAAUAUUUAUCAUUGGAAACAAGUCAUAUACUAGUAAUGAUGUCUUCGCUUAGUGAUGGUGAAAAUAUUUCCCGAACUAUUGUGUCAGGAGUGGGAUUAUUUCAUGUGUAUCACUAUCCACCGUUUCACACUUUGGAAUAUAUUGUGUUAUGAGAGAUAUUACCAUGACUACGCAAAGCUGGAUCCACAACGGAUUGGCCUCCCGCGCUGCAGACCGCCACUCCUUCAGUGGUUACUCGUCUCCACAACUCACUCGAAGUCAGACUCGCCCCGACGUUGGUACCCGCGAACUCGGCUUAACGAGAUCACACACGGUGGGCGAGCUCCGGACACCGAAGAUCAACCUCACCGGCGUGACGGGCGAACGACCUCGGCCGGAGAUCACGAGAGCGUCCUCCUGGUGCGCGAUGCCGAACGUCUCCUCUCGCUCGAUGUCGCGACUUUCGUCCAGUUCGACGUCGAGUCUGCCGAUAAUUUCUGCUAGUUCAUCGAGGCAAGCUGAUGCCCUCGUCAGUGCGUCAUGUGAGGGUCUGGUGCAACGUGUAUCGGCUCUUCGCAGCUUGGCGAAUAAUCCGAGAUUAAAGGUGAGAAUCGUCAACGGAUCACCCAAAAUAUCGCCGCGCCUCAAUUCGAUCACAUCGGGACGGGAAUCAACCACAUCUCAGAAAAGACCUCACCGGGAAUCAACCCGAGAAGUCGUGGUUGAGAUCUCAAAAUAUGGUUACCAUUCUCGCAGCAACUCACCCACCUACCGCCGGCUUAUCAACGCGAAGGAGCAACUCGACGUCGCGCUCUGCAAGAAAUUGCGCUCGGUCAGACAGCAGCUUGACGGACAGACAGCCCGUGAAAACUCCUCCAUGGACGAGGGAUUUCGGUUGAAAAUUGACGAGCGCGGGUCGGAGGAUUGGUAUAAAGACAUGGUGAAAAGAGAAUUGGAAAACGACGAAACUUCGGAAGUUAUUGAGAGUAUGACGAUUGCCAACAGCGAACCCCUUGCCACGUUCGAAGCGUUGGAUUUGAAGAAUCCGCGUCCCCACGUCGAUCUCAACUUCGAUAUUCGAUACAUUCAGGCCCGCAUCAACGAUUGGGAUGUUUUGAACAUUAACGUCGAGGAGGAAGAGAAGAAAAUAGAGGAAAGGCGGGAUAAGGAGAAGCGCAGACGACGCGCACCGUCGCAUUCUCCGACACAUUUCCGACGAACCUGCGAAGCGUGUUGCGUGGACGGUGUGCAUGGAAAGAACAAACAGCGUGUGGACUUCCUACGUAUGAACAAAUCGCGAAGGGUUAAGUUCCGCAGACGACAGAAGAACAAUAAUGACGAUAGCUAUGAUAACGAUAGUGAUAUCGAACACCCUAUGAUGAUGGAUGAACCUGCCACAACCCAGUCGGAUAUUUUACCGCCGCCAUCACCACCGCCUCCUACAAAACCACUCAAAACUAAGAAAACCGUCAAGAUAGAAAGACCAAAGUCGUCGAAAUCGACAAAGUCAAAGACUUCAAGUAAAGCGCCCUCUGUGGCCCAACCGGAGGAAGCGGUAGAAACUGAACCCGAAAACCGGUUACCGUUGUUACCGCCUUCGUUACCGCCUGCAGCAUCACCUCGUCCGGAUAACCGGUCAAUAUCCGUUUCUAGCGAUCGCGAAUCGCCUGUUACCACGGUGACGAAACCACAAACGCCACCGCCGCCGGAAGAGGAAAAACCGAAAUUGACUGACAAGGAGAAGUUCCUGAUGAUGAGGAAACGAAUGGAAGAGAGACAGAGAGAGAAAUCGGAGAAGAGGGAAAAUUUUGUUGAUUAUUCUAUGAUCGCAUUCCACGGGACACGCAAGGAGAGAGCGGGGAGGGGUCAGAAAGGAUUAGGCAAGACCCUUUCAAACAGAUUGGAGAGUAUGGCGUCUUUUAAAUCAAAACAAUCAGAUCAUGGAGAUGGUAAAAGGGAAAGUUUGAUGUCGAUGUUGGGAAGUGAUUACGACGAUGAUGACGACGAUGAUGAAGAUGAUGACGAUGAUGAUGAUGAUGAGGAUAAUGAUGAGGAAUAACCUAUAUAUUCUAUGAACAUGGGAGAGUGUACUAGCAAUUUUACCCUCAGUCAAUACAUCGAUUACUGUCGAUGGGUUUAUUUCUAAUUGGUCUAAUACCAAUUCUUCCAAUUGCCAACUCGUCUACUAUCAUUUGGUCUACCAUCAGUUCGUCCAAUAUCCACAUGGUCUAAUUGCCAUUUCGUCCACUCAACAUUUCGUCUGAUAACCAGUUGAUCCAAUAGCCAUUGGGCGAAAUGAAUGAAAAGAAAAUGGGUAUUAGACCAACUGGUUAUGAGACGAAAUGGUCAAAGACGAACUGGUGAUUAGACGAAGUGAUGAUUGGACCAAAAUGGUUAUUGGACCAAAUGGUUGUUAGACGAAAUGUUGAUGGACGGAAUGGCAUUAGACUAAAUGAAACUAGACCAAGUGAGGAGUGGACGAAUCGGCAAUAGACGAAUCGGCAGUUCACCUUGUCGAUGUACAUAAUGGUCAACCCAAUAUCGAUGUUCUUCAAAGGUCAAGUCCACCCACAACAACAAGAUGAUUUGAAUAACUAGAGAAAAUUAAGCAAACUUGACAUUGAAAUUUCAUUAAAUUACAUUUGUACAAAAUGAAAGUUAUGAAAUUCUAUAAUUACCCGUUACACUGUAAGAAAACUGUUUAAAUUUAAGAGUUGUUCAAUCUCGUCACUCUAACAAUUAUUGUUCAAAGUUAUGAACAAGUUGUUUAAACAGUUUGAACAAUUAAAAAAAAGUUGAUUAAAAGUUUAAACAACUUGUUAGAGUGACGAGCUUAAACAACGUGCUAUAUAUUUUACCGUGUAAUGCUCAACAUGGGUGUUGAUUGUGUACGUUGUUGGUUGCUCCUUAAACUUACGUCAUGCACUGACUAUCAUAACAAGAGUUUAUUAAUUAAGAAAAGACAGAAAAUAAUAAAGGAUCCAACACUGAUCAAAGUAGUUUGUAAAUGAAGUUAUUUCACUUUUGGGCAAUUCCAUGAAAUAUGUAUGUCCGACCUUCUAUAAUUAUGUAAGACCUUCAUGAAACUUUCCGUCUCUGAUUUCUGGUUUUUUUUUUGACACUCUGUAAUGCUCUCAAAGGACCAUGACUUGGUCAGUUUAUGAACUGAAGUACAACUUGAGAAAAAUAGGGGUCGGACGUACAAAAAGGUUGAUCAUUUUAUGGAAUUGCCCUUUUGGUUUUCGCUGAACGCUGAUAUGAUAUACAUAGUGGUUGGUGUGCGAAUUAGAGAGCCCAUAGCGUCAUAUUUCUUUUGUAUUUUAUUACAAAGUUUCCUUCAAUGAUUUCAAAUUUGGUUUGUACCCCCCUUCGAACAUAAAAUCGCCAUUGUUAUAUAUACAAUUACAUGUGAAUUGGUGAAAAAGAUUUAAUUUGGAAUCUGUAGAUAUAAAGUAUUUUCUCUUUUGUGAAAUGAAAUACAAAAGAAAUUAUAACUUAAUUUCGAGACCUCCCAUAUAAAUAUAACAGUUUGGUGAAAUUUACAACCGAUUUUGUUGAUUUUUCAGUGCUAUCCUUGCUUGCAUUUUGUCAUUAUUUAUUCAAAUAGGCUCGUUUUUUUUGUUGUUGGGGUGGACUUGACCUAUAUAAAAAGGAUAUUGUAAAAUUUAAAUAUUUUCUUAGAAAUUCAAAUGUAGAUGUAUGACAAUCAAAACAAUGUUAAACUUGUUAAAAAAAGAAAACGCGCAUUCCAUUUGUAUUAUUUUGUCAUUGAUUAAUUGGCGUACGAGCUAACGGAUAUUUCCCCUAUUUUUUUUCUAAACGUUUGCAAUAAACUAAUUAGUUGUCAAGAUUGCAGAAAGAAUUACAUGGAAAAUUACAGUGGUACAAAUCUAUAAAAGAAAAUGAGAGAAAGAAAGAGAGAG